AUGCCCGCCCCCGACCUCCCGGCCCUAACCCUCCCCAACGCCCCCUCCUGGCGCCACUGGCUCUCCCAAAACACCACCACCUCCAAAGGCGUCUGGCUAACCAUCGCCAACAAAAACAUCACCGUCCCAACCUCCCUCACCUAUCUCGAAGCUCUCGACGAAGCCCUCUGCUACGGCUGGAUCGACUCCCGGGGCCGCAAACGCGACGACACAACACACACGUACCGCUUCACGCCCCGCGCCACGAAGGGGAUGUGGUCGAAGCGCAACAUCGGGUUCGUCGAACGCCUCAUCGCCGAGGGACGGAUGCAACCCGCGGGCCUAGCGACCAUCGAAGCGGCGAAAGCGGACGGGCGGUGGGACGCGGCGUAUUCUGGUCCUGCGAGCGCUGAGCUCCCCAAGUAUUUUCUCGACGCGGUGGAGAAGGAUGUUCAGGCGAAGGCUACGUGGGAGAGGCUGAAUCGCGGGAAUCGGUAUGCGGUUUAUAUGCGGCUUGUGGGGUUGAGGACGGAGAAGGGGAGGGAGAGGGCGACGAGGGGGUUUGUGGAGAUAUUGGGAAGGGGGGAGGGGUUGGUGCCGCAGAAGGGGCUGAAAACGUAUGAGGGGACGAGGAAGGGGGCGAAGAGGAAGGUGGGUGGGGAUGGGGAGGUUGUCGAAGGGAAGGUUGUUGAAGAUGAGCAAGUUGAUGCAGCUGAGAAGCCGAACGAUUCUGAGGUGGCGCGCACGACGAGAUCGGGGAGACAGGCUCCUUCGUACACAGGCCAAGGCUAA